AAGGUGUGGCAGUCCGUUUUCACCGCCGUUGGGGUCAUAUCAAAUCGUAUCAGUGUUCCGCACCUGGAUACGUCCGGCUGCUACCCAUGGUUCGACAUUUUGUUCACAUCCGGUGACUACGAAGGCGGAGUUCUUGACCUGUUGGACAUUGGGAUACAAUUUGCGUAUGUUCCAGGUGCACUAGUCCCACUAUGUGGAAAGAUCUUCCGACACCAAGUACCGAAAGUGGAGGGUAAUAGAGUAUGUAGUGCUUUUUACAUGAGAAGAAAUGUCCACCAAUGGGCUGCAACUGGAGAGGCACAAUAUUCAGAUUCGUAG